AUGGAAGAUAGGAGCCAUGGCUUGGCGCUGGGGGUGAGCUUUCUCCUCCUCCUCAUCGUCGCCGGCAUCGCGCAGAGCGACAGAGAGAAGAACAAGACCACUAUGGUGAGCCAUCUCCCUGGCUUCCAUGGCCCCCUUCCCUUCUCCAUGGAAACAGGCUAUGUGGAAGUGGACGACCGCAAUGGCGUCCGCCUCUUCUACUACUUCGUUCAGUCGGAGACGAGCCCGGCGGAGGACCCCGUCUUGCUCUGGCUCACGGGCGGCCCGGGGUGCUCCGCCUUCUCCGGCCUUGCCUACGAGAUCGGCCCUCUCAGCUUUCAGCCUGAUUCCUACACCGAUGGUCUGCCAGAGCUGGUUGCCAAUGUAAUCUUUCUGGAUUCCCCUGUUGGAGCUGGCUUUUCAUACUCUGCAACAGACCAAGGGUACAAGUCCUGCGACACCAAAGCCGUUGACCAAACUGCCAUCUUCCUUACCAAGUGGUAUGAGGAGCAUCCACAGUUCUUACUGAAUCCACUUUUCAUUGCCGGAGAUUCGUAUUCUGGCUUAAUUGCGCCUCCGCUAACCUUUCAAGUUGCUAAGGGUAUAGAAAUGGGCGACAAGCCACUUCUUAAUCUGAAGGGUUAUAUCAUAGGCAACCCAGUAACGGAUCGCAAGUUCGAUUCGCCAGCCAUAGUUCCUUAUGCCCAUAGGAUGGGCCUCAUAUCUGACGAACGAUAUGAGAUAUACAGGGAAAGUUGUGGUGCAGACACCGGUAUGAACCGAAACAUACAAUGUAAAAAUUGCCAUGACGCGAUAGAUAAGUGUUUGAAGGGCAUAAACAUACAUCACAUCCUAGAACCCGAAUGUUCUUCCGAACACAAUGGAAAUUCAGAUAGCGGCAGGAUGCUGCUUGACUACGGCAAUGCAGAGCUUGGCUUGUCCGAUAUUUCUUCGGAGUGCAGAGAGAAAGGAUACAGCAUGUCCGGCAUCUGGGCAAACAACAGGGCGGUGAGGGAGGCUCUGGGUGUUCACAAGGGAACUGUUCCUGUGUGGCUGAGGUGCAACCACGGCACGCCAUACACCACCGACAUCAGGAGCAGCGUGGAGUAUCACCGGAGCCUGACCAGCAGAGGCUACCGGAGCCUGAUCUACAGCGGCGACCACGACAUGACGGUGCCUUUCAUCGGCACCCAGGCGUGGAUCCGCUCCCUCGGCUUCGCCGUCGUCGAUGAGUGGAGGCCAUGGUAUGCCACCGGCCAAGUUGCUGGGUUUACAACGCUCUACGCCAACAAUCUCACUUUUGCGACGAUCAAGGUGGAGACAAUGAAAAAUACAAGGAGCCAUGGCUUGGUUGCCUUGGCAAUGGGAGUGAGCUUCCUCCUCCCCGCCGUCAUCUCGCAGAGCGACAGAGAGGAGAACCAGACCGUGCAGGUGAGCCAUCUCCCUGGCUUCCAUGGCCCCCUUCCCUUCUCCCUGGAAACAGGGUAUGUGAAAGUGGACGACAGCAAUGGCGUCCGCCUCUUCUACUACUUCGUUCGGUCGGAGACGAACCCGGCGGAGGACCCCGUCUUGCUCUGGCUCACCGGCGGCCCGGGGUGCUCCGCCUUCUCCGGCCUUGUCUACGAGAUCGGCCCUCUCAGCUUUCAGCCUGAUUCCUACACCGGUGGUCUGCCAGAGCUGGUUGCCAAUGUGAUCUUUCUGGAUUCCCCCGUUGGAGCUGGCUUUUCAUACUCUACAACGCACCAAGGGUACAAGUCAUGCGACACCAAAGCCGUUGACCAAAUUGUCAUCUUCCUUACCAAGUGGUAUGAGGAGCAUCCACAGUUCUUACCGAAUCCACUUUUCAUUGCCGGAGAUUCGUAUUCUGGCUUAAUUGUGCCACCACUAACCUUUCAAAUUGCUAAGGGUAUAGAAAUGGGUGACAAGCCACUUCUUAAUCUGAAGGGUUACAUCAUAGGCAACCCGUUAACGGAUCGUAAGUUCGAUUUGCCAGCCGGAGUCCCAUAUGCCCAUAGGAUGGGUCUCAUAUCUGACGAACAAUAUGAGGUGAUAUACAGGGAAACUUGCGCUGCAGACACCGGUAUGAACCGAAACAUACAAUGUAAAAAUUGCCAUGAUGCGAUAGAUAAGUGCUUGAAGGGCAUAAACAUACAUCACAUCCUAGAACCCAAAUGCUCUUCUGAAUACAAUGGAAAUUCAGAUAGUGGAAGGACGCUGUCGGGCUAUGGCAAUGCAGAACUUGGCUUGUCUGAUAUUUCUUCGGAGUGCAGAGAGAAAGGAUAUAGCAUGUCCGGCAUCUGGGCAAACAACAGGGCAGUGAGAGAGGCUCUGGGUGUUCACAUGGGAACGGUUCCUUUCGUGGUGGAGUAUCACCGGAGCGUGAUCAGCAAAGGCUACUGGAGCUUGAUCUACAGCGGCGACCACGACAUGACCGUGCCUUUCAUUGGCACCCAGGCGUGGAUCCGCUCUCUGGGCUUCGGCGUCGUGGAUGAGUGGAGGCCCUGGCAUGUCAACGGCCAAGUUGCUGGGUUUACAACGUUGUAUGCAAAUAACCUCACUUUUGCAACAGUCAAGGGUGGUGGUCACACUGCUCCAGAGUACAUGCCCAAGGAAUGCUUGGCCAUGGUCGAUAGAUGGCUCUCCGGCCGGCCUCUCUAA